GCCUCACAAUCACUCGCUCCCGCUGAAGCGCUGAUAAGAGUCAGCAGGCGGCAGGGAGAAGCCAGGCUGCGCGGCAGCAGGGUCUCCGGGGAAUGAAUGGAUCCUCCUCAGCGCCCAUGAAAGGGACGCACCCCGCAGAAAGACGAUGUCCAGCCGGGCACUGGGAAGAGCUGUCAUCCUGUCGGCGCUGCUCCUGCUGCCAGCCGCGGCCGGACUCUCCGGAGAGGGAAAAGCUGUCUGGUCUAGAAAUCCUCAUUUUAGCCCGGUAAACGCAAGUCAGCUGUUUCUCUAUGACACUUUCCCUAAAAACUUUUUCUGGGGUGUUGGGACUGGAGCGUUUCAAGUGGAAGGGAGUUGGAAGGAGGAUGGAAAAGGACCCUCUAUAUGGGAUCAUUUCAUCCACACACACUUUAAAAUUGUCAACAGCACCAGCGGCUCCAGUGACAGCUACAUUUUUCUGGAAAAAGACUUGUCAGCUCUGGAUUUUUUAGGAGUUUCUUUUUAUCAGUUCUCGAUUUCCUGGCCAAGGCUCUUCCCCGAUGGAAUAAUAGCUGUUGCCAAUGCAAAAGGUCUCCAGUACUACAGUGAUCUGCUGGACGCUCUACUACUGAGAAACAUUGAGCCUAUAGUUACUUUAUACCACUGGGAUUUGCCUUUAGCGUUACAAGAAAAAUACGGGGGGUGGAAAAAUGAAUCCAUGGUAGAUAUCUUCAACGACUACGCCACAUACUGCUUCCAGACAUUUGGGGACCGUGUCAAAUACUGGAUUACGAUUCACAACCCGUAUCUGGUUGCUUGGCAUGGGUACGGAACAGGCAUACACGCUCCGGGAGAAAGGGGGAACAUAACAACUGUCUACACCGUGGGACACAACCUGAUCAAGGCUCACGCGAAAGUUUGGCAUAACUACAACAGAAAUUUCCGCCCUCGUCAGAAGGGCUGGCUCUCGAUCACAUUGGGAUCACACUGGAUUGAGCCCAACAAGUCGGGCAGCCUGGUGGAUGUCCUUAAGUGCCAGCAGUCCCUGGCGUCUGUGCUCGGCUGGUUUGCCGGGCCCAUCCACGGGAGCGGGGACUACCCGGAGGGCAUGCGGGAGACGCUGCGAACAGCCCUGCCGCUCUUCUCAGAAGCCGAGAGCGGGGAGGUGAGGGGCACCGCGGACUUCUUUGCCUUCUCCUUCGGACCCAACAAUUUCAAACCCCCGAACACCAUGGCUAAAAUGGGGCAAAAUGUGUCACUCAAUUUAAGACAAGUGCUGAACUGGAUUAAACUGGAAUAUGGCAACCCUCGAAUCUUGAUUGCUGAGAAUGGCUGGUUCACAGACAGUCAUGUGAAGACAGAAGACACCACUGCCAUCUACAUGAUGAAGAAUUUCCUCAACCAGGUUCUUCAAGCCAUAAGGUUUGAUGAAAUACAAGUGUUCGGUUAUACUGCCUGGUCUCUCCUGGAUGGCUUUGAAUGGCAGGAUGCUUACACCACCCGCCGAGGGCUAUUUUAUGUGGAUUUUAAUAGUAAACAGAAAGAAAGGAAACCCAAGUCCUCAGCACAUUACUAUAAAGAGAUCAUACAAGAAAACGGCUUUCCAUUAAAAGAGUCCACACCUGAUAUGCAGGGUCAGUUUCCCUGUGACUUCUCCUGGGGUGUCACCGAAUCUGUUCUUAAGCCCGAGCUCAUGGCCUCCUCCCCGCAGUUCACAGAUCCCAGCCUGUAUGUGUGGAAUGCCACGGGAAACAGACGGCUGCAGCGGGUCAAAGGGGUAACGCUGAAAACGCGGAAGGCUCAAUGCACAGAUUUUAUCAGCAUCAAAAAGCAACUGGAGAUGCUGGCCAGAAUGAAAGUCACCCACUUCCGGUUCGCUCUGGACUGGGCCUCCGUCCUCCCCACUGGCAACCUGACCUCGGUUAACCGACAGGUUCUAAGGUACUACAGGUGUAUGGUCAGCGAGGGCCUGAAGCUCAACAUCUCCCCGAUGGUCACCUUGUACUACCCGACCCACGCCCACCUGGGCCUCCCCAGGCCGCUGCUGCACGGCGGGGGUUGGCUCAACCCAUCCACGGCCCAGGCCUUCCAGGACUACGCAGGGCUGUGCUUCCAGGAGCUGGGGGACUUGGUGAGGCUCUGGAUCACCAUCAAUGAGCCCAACCGGCUGAGCGACAUCUACAACCGCACCGGUAACGACGCCUACCAGGCGGCGCACAACCUGCUGAUCGCCCACGCGCUGGCCUGGCACCUCUACGACCGGCGGUACCGGGCGUCCCAGCGCGGGGCCGUGUCGCUGUCCCUGCACUCGGACUGGGCGGAACCAGCCAACCCCUUCGUGGACUCGCACUGGAAGGCAGCCGAACGCUUCCUGCAGUUCGAGAUCGCCUGGUUCGCAGAGCCGCUCUUCGGGACCGGGGACUACCCGCGGGCCAUGCGGGAGCACCUGGCGUCCCGGAACCGGCGCGGGCUCUCAGGCUCCGUGCUGCCCCGCUUCAGCCAGGCCGAGCGCAGGCUGGUCAAGGGCGCCGCCGACUUCUAUGCCCUGAACCACUUCACCACCAGGUUCGUGAUGCACGAGCAGCAGAGGGGCAGCAGCUACGAUGCGGACCGCGACGUGCAGUUCCUGCAGGACAUCACCCGCCUGAGCUCGCCCACGCGCCUGGCCGUGCUGCCCUCGGGCGCGCGCAAGCUGCUGCGCUGGAUCCGCGGCCACUACGGCGACGUGGACGUUUACAUCACCGCCAGCGGCAUCGACGACCAGGCGCGGGAAAACGACCGGCUCCGCAAGUACUACCUGGAGAAGUACAUCCAGGAGGCUCUGAAAGCAUACCUGAUUGACAAAGUCAAAAUCAGAGGCUAUUAUGCGUUCAAACUGACUGAAGAAAAAGCUAAACCCAGAUUUGGAUUCUUCACAUCCGAUUUCAAAGCCAAAUCUUCAGUAAAGUUUUAUAACAAACUGAUCAGUGGCGGUGGCUUCCCUUCUGAGAACAGCAGUCCAGUGUGUGGUCAGAUGAAGAGAGAUACAGAGUGCACUGUCUGCUUGUUUCUCCUGCAGAAGAAGCCACUGAUAUUCUUCGGUUGCUGCUUACUCUCCACCCUGCUUUUGUUAUUAUCAAUCACCAUUUUUCACCAGAGAAAGAGAAAAAAAUUUUGGAAAGCAAAGAACUUACAAAACAUACCAUUAAAGAAAGGCCACAAGAGAGUUCUUAGCUAAACAGAUCUGAUUUCUGUCACGAUAGCUUAGAAAGUCACUCCAUUCAACCCGCUGGGAACUUACAGAACACAGGUGCAUAUUGUAGAGAGAAGGCAGUUUGAGACUCGGUAGUAACCAGAGUGGUCACACUUGCUGCCUCCCAGCGAGGUUCAAAUGAAUUUUCCCUUAGGUACGGACAUCAGUGAGUUCCGCUUCUGGAGCUGAAUGAGG